AUGGCUGAGAUCGCAAGAUUGAAAGAAGAGAUUGCUGAACACAAAGGAAACAUAAAAGAAAUGCAAAAUGAAAUGUCAAAAAUCAAAGAAGAAAAUCUCGACAGACAAAGACUUGAGAACGAGCUCAAAUUGGCAAAUCAAGUCAAUGAAGAGCAGAGGACAAAUAUCCUCAAAGUUAUGGGAGAUAUCGAUUCUGAGAAAGCACAUAGACGAGAGGCUGAAACUCAAUUAUACGAAACAUCAAAGAAGUUGACAGAAAUUACUGCAAAAUAUCACGAGAACGACAGACAAACAAUAGAAGCUAUAGACCAGAUUAAGAGAUUCGAAGCAUUACUUGCAAGGAAGACAGAAUGA